CUUUGCUCCGGCUUCGAGGUGUAGAGGAGGAUCUGUCGAGGCUGCAAGCGCGCGCGUUGGAUUGUGAUCUCUUUGACGAGAGCCGUCAUGUCCGCGCCGAUGUCUUCACCUCACCCCCCAGCCUCCUCGCCCUCUGCCCAUUCUUCUUCUCUAUCUUCUGUUUCUUCUCCCGCUUCUUCUUCAGCAGCAGCUGUUGCCUCGUUGCCAUCAUGGCAUUUUCCCUUUGGCCCCUCUUCUCGAUACCACCUCUCGGAGAAACCCAAGCGCACUCAUGCGCGUGUCAAGACUUCGUACACCCCGCGCGCUCCCGUGCUGAGCACCGAGCAGCGCGCGAACCGACGGGCGCUGAACAACAGCGUGAGCGGGAGCUACUCGAGCUCCCCACCAAGUGAAUACAGUCGGAGCCCGUUGUCGCGCUUCUCGAGCUACGGCAGCAGUAACAGCAAGGGCCUCACGAACAUGGCGCGCACCACCGGGGCUCCGCUCACGCCUGCAAAAACGUCGCGGCGCAACUCUUCGCUGCAGAACUCUCCUUUUUCCGACUACUUCUCCGACGAUGCGCGCUCAUCUCUCAAUAUCAAUCCCCAUGCGCCCUCGACCGAAACCAAGGCAUUGCUUGUUAAGAUGAAUAAGCUGCAGUCGCAACUCAUGCGGGAUCAGUCCGAGAAGGGUCGCGAAGCCAUCAAGAUCGUCGGCCGCAAGUUGGCCGAGAUUGACCUCGAGCUGGAUACUUUGCACUCCCAGACGCAACAGCCUAUUGAUAUGGACAAUGCGCGUGUUCUCAUGGCGGAGGAGAAGGAAAAGGGGAAAGCUGCUGCGCAGACCCCGCAACACAGUCGUGGCUCUUCGUCUCAGUCAUACGCUAGCCUGGACAGCAGUGUAGAGAGCAGCAGGAUAUUCGACGAAGAUAGUUCGGCUCUGAAGCAGUAUCAGGCUGAACGCACGUGGUACAUGAGCCAGAUGCAGGACUUGCUCGAGAAAUUGAACACAGUCCAGUCCGAGCUACGGCAGCGGCAGUCAGAGUUCGCGGAAUUGCACGAACGACACUAUACUGCUAUGGAGGAGAAGGAAGAGGAAAUCGAACAGCUUCGAUCGGAGAACGAAGGUUUGCGCCAGGAUCUUGGCUUCGAAUAUAGCGAACUGCUGUUUCUCAAGCUGCAGAUGAAAUCAUUGGAGGUCGAUGUUGAUGAUCUCCGUUAUGAUGGUGGCCAUGCCACAGGCCCGACGUGUAGUAAGAAGAACGCUAUCUUAUCUGAGAUGGACCGCUGGCGGACCGACUCGGACUGGCAAGAUGUUGAAGCUCGCUUCAAACGGCGAAGAAGCAAGUACGGCAUACCAACCUCACCAAUUUCCAAGGGCAAAACCUUGGCAAAGUCUGCUGAAACUCAAAUCGAGGAUGAGGCCGAUUGGCAAUUGGAGACUAUCCGAGAAUGUCGUGGCCGGAUCACAAGUCUUACCAUCAAGCGCACAGACAGCAGCCAGAGUGUCACGCCGUGUUCAUCUGCUGAGGGGAAAGUGGAACAGAUAGCAGAGCCUGUGACCUUGGCUGGAUCGACAGGCUGGCCCGACUCUGAAACCACGACCCCACGGAAGAACGAUGCAAGCACAUUCUUCCAACCGCCGUGUGCAGAUCGAGGCACCCAGACACACUUACUAACACACCCCACCCUUGGGGAGGACCGUAUUCAUUUUGAAACUAUACCUACGGAAGGAGAUGAUCAGGAGUAUGAUGAGGAGGACGAUGUCGCCAAGCUCGAGGAACUCGAAGAAGAGGAGGAAGAGGAGGAAGAGGAGGACGAAGAGGAACUCGAAGAAGAGGAGGAGGAAGAGGAGGAAGAGGAAGAGGAGGAAGAAGAACAGGAGGAAGAAGGAGAAGAAGGACAGGAGGAGGAUGGUGCCCAGCACGACUCUGCCCUCGCGACGAUAUCUUCAGCCUCGAUCGACGACGACGAUCAAGAUCUCUAUCAAGAUGUCGAAGAAGACGACGAGACCAUCCUGGAACAACCAACUUUACUCAGCGUACCUCAACAUAAAUCCGCAUGGCAGGAGCUAUGGAGUAGCUUGCAGAGUUUGACCGGUAUUCCGGAUGAAGACGACGACGACGACGCCGACGACGACGACUACUGAUACCACAUCAAAUCUACCUUACUACAUACACCACUGGAACACCCGACCACACCACACUCAUUGCACCACAACACGGGACUGGAUGCCCCCGUCUUUCACACCAAAAUUUCUCGUACUCUCAAUUACUACAGACUGCACUCAGAUUGCACUUAAAUUGCACAUAGACUGCCAUCACACGCCGCUCUUGGCCACUUGUCAUUAUUUUUUCUUUUGGAGCUAUGGAUGGGAAUAGAGGGUUGGGCACGGCACAUUGAAGUUGGAUUGGUAUUUGCUUCGAAACGGGAAUUGGAAUAGGACCGGAGUUCUGUGGUGCCCUUUUCUCUUCGACAUACGUGCCAGGCAUGUUCGAGCAUUUGAGCUCGACUUCCUUGCCCAACCUUCACCCAGUGCUCGCUUGUUUGCUUCAUCUGCAGCAUUCGUAAGAUAGUCAUUUCGUAGCUACCUAAUUCAUUGUCCUAAUGUACAGAAC